AUGGAGGAAAAACCAGUGUGGAAGAUUUCUAAAAAUGGUGCUAGAUCAGGAAGCCCGGCAAAUAGAUCCGUGAAUGGAAAUACGGAAUCUCAUAGUGGAAAGAAUAGUCCAUCACCUUCAUCAAAUUCGCCGACAACAUCGGCCGCAAACGCGCACAACUGGAAAGUAGUUGGAAGUCCACCGACAAGAGUGAUUUCUUCUGUUCCGCAAAGUCCUGAAGAUUAUCAAAAUUACCAUGUCAAGAAAAUCGAAGAAGAAAAUCAAGAACAGAAAAUGCGUCGAUCUUCAAGUACUCCAAGCACCCCGCAACGUCCCAUCAAUGGUAGUGCUGAUUUAGCUUCAAGAUUACUUUCUUCCAAUUCCCCAUCACCACCAACAAAAAUACAACAACUGCAAAAUGCCGCAAAUGGAAAUAACGACAAAUGGGGUACUUUAGGAGGACUUCAGUGGCCUGGCAUUUGGAAUGAAAAGAACCAACAACAAAAUCCUGGUUCUAGCUCUAAACCGGUCUCACGCUCAUCUCCGACCCCUCCUCCCUCCUCGAAAAACGAGGAAUCCAAUCAUAGCAAUUCUCCAUAUGAACGAGAAAUCACAUCACCACCAGGUAUCGGAAAGUUACCUGUACCUGUUCCACCUCAUCCACAAUAUCGACAACAUCGAAGUUCCUCAUUUUCUGUCGGCCAACAUGACCCCGAUCUAUUUGGAUAUGCGCCUACAUCCCGUCGCGAGAGUGAAGGUGGUCUAAGAUUAGCUUAUAAUCGCCACUCACUUGCCCCCACGAUGGAAGAAGAUGCCGACGAAUUUACACCAUAUGGUGGCGGUAGAUUUCGUGCACGAUCAAAAUCUUCUGCUGCAGCAUAUGGAAUAAUUUCUGGUCAUCAGGACAUUCCGCAUGAAGACUUGAAUGAUUAUCGUCGAGAAUCAGAACAAUAUUCAGAUUCUGGAACAAUUUGGAACAAUCAUGUCCCUCAAAAUGAUGGCCCAGUUCUUCAUCACCGUCGCUCUGUUCCUUCCUCAUCCGAAUUUACUGGGAUGUGGGAUAGCUUUAAUCCAUCUGCACCACCUUCGUCCGCUUCUGCUUAUUUGACUGUUAUGGCUGGAAUGCCGGAACGGGAAAAAUUGAGACAGCGUCGUUUCUCUUUGCAAGCGCCAUCAUAUGCACCUGAUUAUCAUCUCCUUGACAAUUCUCAAGAGUUACGAUUACUCAAUCAUCGUGCUGCUGCGAUGGACCCAGGAUACGCUCAUCUAGUUCAAAGACGUCAUUCAGUCGCUGGCCCUGCGAUUUCAUUUAAUCCAAAUUCUCAGGCUCGUUAUCUAUCUGAAGCAUUGGAAUCACUCCAUUUGAAUAGUGUUCAACCUGUAUCAUACACGAAUGAUACUAGUUACUCAAGUAUCCCCGAAGACAUUGACGAUUAUUUCGAUAAUAAUGAACAACGAACUCGAGCAUGGAAUGAACUUGGAAAAGGUCUUCCACUUCAUGCUAUCCCAACUCAUGGACCUCUGUACCUCGUGGAAUUUAAAGCGGGCCGCACUGAUUUAUUCUAUGUAGCUGAAAAUAGUGGUGCAGCAGUCAAAAAAGGUGAUCUCGUGAUUGUUGAAGCAGAUCGAGGAAAAGAUUUGGGUAAAAUCACCAAUGACUCAAUUACUCCACAUCAAGUUCAACUACUACAACAGCAACAGACAGACGCUAUGACUGAUGGUCAUCGUACGAGUAAAGAAAUUCAUCCAAAACGCAUUUAUCGACUUGCUCAACCUGCUGAAAUUACGAUGCUAGUAACAAAAAAUCAGGAUGAAGCGAAAGCAAUGCUAGUCUGUCAAAAUAAAGUUCGUCAAAAGAAACUUCCAAUGGAGGUCGUCGAUGCCGAAUAUCAAUGGGAUCGACGCAAGCUUACAUUCUAUUUCAUCGCUGAGCGUCGCAUUGAUUUCCGUGAAUUGGUGCGAGAUUUAUUUAAAAUCUACAAAACUCGUAUUUGGAUGUGCGCUGUUAACCCGUUAAUGAAUAAAACCAAAAAAUGA